GGGUUUUCUACACGGGAGCGAGCACGGCGCAGAGCCAUGGUGACAGCUCCUCCGGCAGGAUAUUCAUCUCAUCUGCGGACGUUUCGAUGCAGGAUAACCUUCCGAUAAUCACACUGAAGAUAUUUUAACAAGAUGUCAUCCUCCAGCAAAGGCCAUUUCUGAGACGAGACUUGGAUUUGUUGCACCAGAUGGAGUGGGAUUCAUCAGAUGACGGUCUUGGAGGAUCAAUGGAGGCCCUCCCUUACUUAUCUGAGUCUUCUCAGUCGAUGCCCUCCACCACCAACAUCUCAGAACAUGAGUUCUCGUGCCACUGUUGCUACGACAUCUUAGUGAACCCCACCACGUUGACGUGCGGCCAUAACUUCUGCCGCCACUGUCUGGCUCUGUGGUGGGAGUCCUCUCACAAGAACGAGUGCCCAGAGUGCCGGGAGAAGUGGGCAGGCUUUCCUAAAAUAAACAUACUGCUGAGGGAUGCAACUGACAAGCUGUUCACUGAGGUGGUUCAGCGGAGGAGAGCGGAGAUCCAGGACAACCCCAAAAUCUCCCGGAGCUUGCUGGCCUUUCAGAGGUAUGGUGACAACUUAGGUAGAUCCAAGCCAAACCAGCACAAAGGAGCGGGCUUCUUCUUCUCUGGAGUCCUGACGGCACUCACGUGUGUGGCUGUGAUGGUGCUGGUGUACCACUGGAGCAGCGGGGUGAUGGAGCAGCAGGACAUGUUGAUCAGUAAACCCGUGUCUCACUGGACGCCGGAGGACGUGGUGUCCUGGCUGGAGCUCCUGGGGCCCUGGGCUCAGCUUUACAGAGAGCCCUUCCAGCAGGAGAGCGUCAACGGGAGGUUGCUGUUGAUGUUGGGGGAUGAAGAAUUGUUGAAGGCUCCUUACAGCAUCGACAACCAGGCUCACCGCCGGGCUAUUCUGGCUGAACUGGACAGAGUGAAAACCCUUGGAGUCAAACCUCCACAGAACCUCUGGGAAUACAAGGUUACUAAUGCGGGGAAGUCGCUAUUCUUGCUGUACGCGCUGAAGCGCUCCCCCCGCCUCACACUCUUCUAUUUGUAUUUAUUCGACUACUCGGAAACCUUCCUGCCCUUCCUGCACACCUGCUGUCCGGCCAUCACAAACAUCGGACAGUCAGUGGAGAGCAGCUUCCUCAACACACAGAUGGAGCCCAGCUGGCGGCAGUGGGGAGAGUUUCUUGUGAAGUACCUCCUGCUCCCGUACCAGCUGAUAGCAGAGUUUGCCUGGGACUGGUUGGCCGUGCACUACUGGACGUCUCGCUUCAUCAUCGUGAACGCCAUGCUGCUGUCUGUGCUGGAGGGCUGCGCACUGUGGAGACUCUGGGCGAGAGCCAGCAUCAGGGCUAUGCCACGCAAGAUGUGGAACCACUUGUGGAAGAUGCUCUCUCAGGGGUUUGCCUUCGCCCUCCUGUGGCCUUUUUUCCCUCAGUUUGUGUGCAACUGCCUCUUCUACUGGGCUCUGUACUUUAGUCCCAUCAUUAAUAUAGACCUGGUGGUGCAGCAGCUAAUGCACCCAGAAACGCAGGCUCUGUAACAAACUGCAUGCUGACAGUGCUCCAUUAAUACCAUACAGUUCACAGCAAAUAUCAAGAGUUGCUGAAGAGGAGAGGGCGUUUAUUUUCAGCAGUAUACUCACAUGAGACUGGCUUACUCGCUGUUGGCAAGGAAGUUUUCUGGCUUCCAAGGCUUGACUCUGCUGGAUGGCUGCCAUGUGGAACAAGAGAGGCUUUUGUACAAGAAACAAAACCAACAAGAUGAGAAUCGCUGAAAUAUCUGUGAUGUUAUUGAUUACUGCAGUGAUUUCUCUCUGCGUGCACAGUGCAUUCACAAACCACAUUGCCUCGAUCGUCGAGAGGGCAGUUAAGAAAUUGCCUGGCCUCUUAAGUAAUUUUCUGAACGCUUUGUAGCACAGAGAGGGCUGUAGUCCGAUGAGAGGAGAGCUUUUUUGAUGCAUAUGCUGCCUGAAGGUGGACUAAAACAUCAGUAAAUACAUUUUUGUCUGGCUUCUUUUAUUAAAUGUAAUCCAAAACAAAUUAAAAUAAAAAACUGCUGGCUCAAAAUAAUUUUAAAAAAAGUUUGAAUUAAGCAGUGUUAUACGUGUACUGUAUAGAAAUCCUUAUUUGGCAUGAAUUUAAAUCAUUGUAGUGCAGUCCUGGCUUUAUAUGCAGUCCUAGUGCCACAGAGCUCUCGGGAAAUUCCCCAUGCGAGGUUUGGUGAUAUGGUUGUGAAAUGUGUCAAAUGUUGAGGCUUGUAGUUCUGCAGCCUGACGGAAACCUCAGGCUUUACAGUUGAUGUGAAGAAAAACAAAAAUGGCGUCUUUAUGAACAAAUGUUCAACAACGAAGCGCGAUUCAGGAAGUCAAGAUGCCCAUUUCACUUUGCCACAGUGACGCGUCCUGAAACCCGGAAGUAAGUUAGCAUUUUACCACUUCCGGUUCCUUCGACAAAAACCAAUGCAAUUUCUCCAUAGGAUUUUGGAAAAUAAUCGAUAGAUUUAUGAUCGAUAGAUUUAUGAUUAGAAAAUGAUAAAAGUAGGGUAGACAUGUGGAUGUUAUCCGGCUGAACAAAACGUGAUCUGUCUGUUCAAUGUGUGUCAACCACAGACCUUAUUUCCAGCUAUUUUCCAAAAUCCUAUGGAGACAUUGCAUUGCUGUUUGUCGAAGGAACCGGAAAGAGUUUACUUCCGGGUUUUAGGACGCGUGACUGUGGCACUCUAUUCAUGUGUCAUUUAGCAUUGAAAUAAAACAUAUGGUCUUAAAAAAAUGAAGAUGCUUAUCAAGAUAUGUUCUAAUUCCUAUGAUUUUAAGUAGAAACUGUUCGGAGCAGAUUGUACUUGCUGACAAAUAUUGUGUUGCACAUUCCUUUUUUAUUGUUCAGAAACCUUUUGUUUGCAGUAUACAUUUCCAUGUGACGGGUAGGUAGAGCUAAUCAAAUACUUUUAUUUUUUUUAUUACAUUGUUUGUUUGCACUUAAGAGUUAUACACUGUGAUUCUGUUCUUUAAUGUUCUAUAAUGACAACAAAUAAAGAUUUUUAAAUAAUG